AUGUUCUGCGCAUGGUGGGGGAUGAGCAACAGAAGUUUGUGCAGUGUCGCUACACCCCGUUUUGGAGGCGCUGGAAGUACUGUGCGCACUAUGUGGCAUGUGCUGGCAUGUGCUGUUGGUGUGCGCAAUUUAGCUGGGAUCGGUGCGGAGAUUCGCCAGGUGCUUCCAGGUCAAAGGCAUCAUUUCGAUUCAAUAACAGACGCGCUGAACUGGAGUUUUGUGCGGCACCUUGGAACAGCAGGGAUUGUUUGGGCAGUUGCAUUGUUUAUUCUUGUGUUAGUCAUCGAGCAAGACAGUUUUGGCCCAAGGGUCCUGAAGGUGACUAACCAGUACUAUGGCCUUAGGGUCACCUGA